AUGUCGUUUUGGCAAGCCUGAUUACCUACCACAAUGACUGCGCCAUUUACCUCGCGUACCAACCAGGCCGCCGAUUCCGGCAAAGAUCAAUCUCCCAUCCAUGGAUUGAGCCGGAAUCGAAAGCGUCAGGAGAGGCGAAAGCAGCGCCUGCAGGAAAUGCAAGAUUUGCUGUACACGAAACACUUUUCCAACUACAGACUGCCGGCAUCGGUGGCCGCGCCAGCUCCCGAGGAUCAGCUGCUCCUCAAACUGCAGAACUUCGAAUCGCUGACCGAGCAGCCGUCCAGCAGCAGGAAGAGCACUGCGACCACAUCUAGCGAUUCGCCGUGGAGCCGACUGCGCCUGGUGGCAUGCCCAUGUCACGGAUGCCUAUGCUCGGUUGACCCCAGCGCUCUGUUGGGUCACUAUUUGAGUGACCAUCUGCCGGGAAUGGGAGUUCCGUUUUAUGAACUGGAAAUGGGCAAGCGAGUGUCACUAACAUGUCAUAUUAGUAGCCUGGAAAGAGAUGUCAACACCCUGCUGGGGGUCUAUGGCUAUCGGCGCACUGGCCUUAAUCCUCUGAAAUGUCACCGAAACACCCAUCUGCCAGUGGAGUACCGCCGCUUCUCGCAGCAUAGCGCCCUUAUGAUCUUCGCCUGCCGCACCAUGCACUCGGUGCUGUGGGAAAGGAAGCGUGUCAAACACGAAGUCCUGGCCAUCUGGGUGGCUACUCCUUUGCACGGCGUGGCCAUCACUCUGCGCCUGCUGGUCCAACCUGCCAACCUGCCACGUUACUACACCAGACAGAUAAAAGCUCGUCCAAUGCUGCCACUGUCGUCGAACCAAUCCUGCAGUGAGUUCAUCAAGACCGACAGCAACGUGAUCCUCAUCAGCUUGAAUGACCUCCGGCCACUAAUGGAUUUAGAUGUUUGGCAGCAAUCGCUAACCGUCGAACUGAAAGUGAUUAGCGAGGCAAGUAUAUAAAACUUCCGGUUUUUUUUUUUUUUGGAAUUCGCAAUAUUUUUGGCCAUGUAUUUAAGUCUAAGAUUAAACAAGGAAACAU